UUGCCGCACGUAUCGAUUGAAUUGAAUUCCAAUAGCCCUAGACCCACCAACAGAAACCUUUGCCCCGGUAAGCGCCCCUUGGCUUGUUGUCUUCUUCUCGUUGUCUGUCGCUUGGGUGUAAUUGCGUGUGUUGCCAAGGAAACGUCCAUCUCAUCACCCGAGACGAUGGCGGCGGCUGCUGCUGCUGCUGCUGCGAUGGCAACAAAGCUCGCCGACCAGCGUAAGGUGACGGAAAUUAUUCUGGAAACUGAGCGCGUGGCCGACCGGAUCCUGGCCAACAAGCAAGAGCUCGUGGAGCUCGACAAGCGUCGGCAGGAGACGCGUGAAGCGUUGCGGGUGAUAGAAAAACAUUUCCCCCUUCGGACGACCACGGAUGGCGAUCCGGAAAACGUUUGGGGCGUUCAAUCUGCCGAUGAAGCAGCUGCGCCCCCCGGUUGCCAAAUGCAACGGCAGCGCAUUUGGAUCACGAUCGGCUCGAUGCUGGUCAAGCAAGACCGCCAGGGAGCGGUUGAUCUGCUUCGAAAAGACCAGCAAACGACCGAGGCGGACAUCGAGCGAAUACGCAACGAACAGAAGCUGCUCAUCACUAAGCAGCGCGAUCUGGAACACGAGCGCCCAUUGCGCGGGUUCAAUCUGAAGCCACUGUCCACGGCGGAAAUUGCUGGCAUUCGUUCCAACCUGCCCGGUUUCUAAACUUCUGCACGGCUUAACCAGUUGCAGUGGGUUUUUGUGUAUGUGUGUGAUGCCUUUAGCUAUAGGGGAAUAAUCAAUUGCAGGAGGACGCAUUCCGAUAAGAAUAUCUAGAAGGUUAAAAUUUGGAAAUUAAAUUAAGUCAUUUUAGGAUCACACGCGUUCUCGAUCUCAUAUCUAUCUCGCUGUCAAAUAUUGUACCGAACGUUAACCAA